AUACCAUCCAGUUCUCAGUCCAGGUAGAUCUGACGUCAAGAGAUGGCUUUCGUCGAUUUGACGUCCCUUCCUGCUUGUGUGAGAGCAAGGUUUUGAGCCAUGGAGCAAAGAGGCUGGACUCUGCAGUGUACUGCUUUCGCCUUCUUUUGCGUUUGGUGCGCACUAAACAGUGUAAAAGCGAAGAGGCAGUUUGUCAAUGAAUGGGCGGCGGAGAUUCCCGGAGGGCCAGAAGCUGCCUCUGCCAUCGCCGAAGAACUGGGGUAUGAUCUUUUGGGUCAGAUUGGAUCACUUGAAAAUCACUAUUUAUUCAAACACAAAAAUCAUCCUCGAAGGUCCCGAAGAAGUGCUCUUCAUAUCACUAAGAGGUUAUCUGAUGAUGAACGUGUGAUGUGGGCUGAACAACAGUAUGAAAAAGAGAGAAGUAAACGUUCAGUUCAAAAAGACUCAGCAUUGGAUCUCUUCAAUGAUCCAAUGUGGAAUCAGCAGUGGUACUUGCAAGAUACUAGAAUGACUGCAGCUCUGCCCAAGCUGGACCUUCACGUAAUACCUGUUUGGCAAAAGGGUAUUACUGGCAAAGGAGUUGUUAUUACUGUGCUGGAUGAUGGCUUGGAGUGGAAUCACACAGACAUUUAUGCCAAUUAUGAUCCAGAGGCUAGCUAUGAUUUUAACGAUAAUGAUCAUGAUCCAUUUCCCAGAUAUGAUCUCACAAAUGAAAACAAACAUGGAACAAGAUGCGCAGGCGAAAUUGCCAUGCAAGCAAAUAAUCACAAGUGUGGGGUUGGAGUUGCAUAUAAUUCCAAAGUUGGAGGCAUAAGAAUGCUGGAUGGUAUUGUAACUGAUGCCAUUGAGGCUAGUUCGAUUGGAUUCAACCCUGGCCAUGUGGAUAUUUACAGUGCAAGCUGGGGCCCUAAUGAUGAUGGAAAAACUGUGGAGGGUCCUGGCAGACUAGCCCAGAAAGCAUUUGAAUAUGGUGUCAAACAGGGGAGACAAGGAAAAGGCUCCAUCUUUGUCUGGGCUUCAGGGAAUGGGGGUCGUCAGGGAGAUAAUUGUGACUGUGAUGGCUACACAGACAGCAUUUAUACCAUCUCUAUCAGCAGUGCCUCCCAGCAAGGCCUGUCACCCUGGUAUGCAGAGAAGUGUUCUUCCACAUUGGCUACCUCCUACAGCAGUGGUGAUUACACGGAUCAGCGAAUAACAAGCGCUGACCUGCACAAUGACUGCACAGAGACCCACACAGGCACCUCAGCUUCAGCACCCCUGGCUGCUGGUAUCUUUGCUCUGGCCUUGGAGGCAAACCCAAAUCUUACCUGGCGAGAUAUGCAGCAUCUGGUUGUCUGGACCUCUGAGUACGACCCAUUGGCCAAUAACCCAGGUUGGAAAAAGAAUGGGGCAGGCUUGAUGGUGAACAGCCGAUUUGGAUUUGGCUUGCUAAAUGCCAAAGCUCUGGUGGAUUUGGCUGAUCCUAGGACCUGGAGAAACGUGCCUGAGAAGAAAGAAUGUGUUGUAAAAGACAAUAACUUUGAGCCUAAAGCCCUGAAAGCUAAUGGAGAAGUGAUUGUUGAAAUCCCAACAAGAGCUUGUGAAGGACAAGAAAAUGCUAUCAAGUCACUGGAACAUGUGCAAUUUGAAGCAACAAUUGAAUAUUCUCGUAGAGGAGACCUUCAUGUCACACUCACUUCUGCUGUUGGAACCAGCACUGUACUGUUGGCUGAAAGGGAAAGGGAUACAUCCCCCAAUGGCUUUAAGAAUUGGGACUUCAUGUCUGUUCAUACAUGGGGAGAGAAUCCUGUAGGCACCUGGACAUUGAAAAUUACAGACAUGUCUGGAAGAAUGCAAAAUGAAGGAAGGAUUGUGAACUGGAAGUUGAUUUUGCAUGGGACAUCUUCUCAGCCAGAGCACAUGAAGCAGCCUCGUGUAUACACGUCCUACAAUACAGUCCAGAAUGACAGGAGAGGAGUAGAAAAGAUGGUGAAUGUUGUGGAGGAGUGGCCCACACAAAAAAGCCUGAAUGGAAAUAUCCUGAUACCCAAAAACUCCAGCAGCAGCAAUGUGGAGGGCAGAAGGGAUGAGCAGUUACAAGGAACUCCUUCGAAGGCCAUGCUACGACUCCUACAAAGUGCUUUUAGCAAGAAUGCACUUUCAAAACAAUCACCAAAGAAGUCUCCAAGUGCAAAGUUCAGCAUCCCUUAUGAAAGUUUCUAUGAAGCCUUGGAAAAGCUCAACAAGCCCUCCAAGCUUGAAGGCUCUGAAGACAGUCUGUACAGUGACUAUGUUGAUGUAUUCUAUAACACAAAACCUUAUAAGCAUAGAGAUGACAGGCUGCUACAAGCUCUCAUGGACGUUCUAAAUGAGGAGAAUUAAAAUAAGUGUGUUGCCUGAGUUGGGAAUCUUCAUGCAGCCUCCUUUUCCUUAGAUGUUCCUGGGUCUGGAGUUGUUGUGUCCCUGGUUUUUAUGCUUAUAAUGUCCUUCAUUGUAAUUUUACUUUUUCUUUCAAACUGCACUUUCCAAAAUGAAAGCCAACUUCAUCAUUGGUCUUAGUGUUGAAGUGUUCCCUGUCUAGACAAGUGAAGCAACUUCCUUCUACAGUCAUGCUUGGGACACAGCCCUUUACUACAGUAGAAAAGCUCCUAACACCUCCCCAUUUCAUAUCUCACAAGAAUAGGAAAAGAGUGGGAGAUCCACUUUUAUUUGGAAAAGUAAUCAACAAAGGUAUUUUGGCUGCUACAGUUUAUCCUGUUCCCUAUUUUUGCAAUGGGGUUCUUUGAACUUUGAUAAAAAGGAAGCAUUUGUAAAGUAUCGAAUGAGAAAGUUCACAAAUAGGUUCAUACUCUAUCUACAACAUGCAUUGGCCACUUAGGAGUAGCUGGAAUAAAAUGUCUUAUUUAAAUUCAGAAACUGAUCUUAAAAUUUAUAUUAGCUAAAAUAGUCACACAAUGUUCCUCUUGAUUGGAGUGCCAUGUAGAGGUCUCUGAGGGUCAAAAGGUGGCUGUGACCCAUGCUCUGUAAGACCUGGCCUUCUAUUUUCCCCUUGUGCCUUGUAUGUUUCCUUUUUGCACCACAAAUUCAAAACUCAAAGAACUAAUUCAUGCUUGAUUUUUGGCAAAUUCCUAGUCAUAGUUUUGUUUAAAUAACAAGGAGCCACUCAAAAUGCAGAGAAUCAAUGCAAUAACGGGGAAAAUGUUUAUAAAGCAGAGAAACAACAAGAUGCCUUUUGCAAGCUGUGUUCCUAAGACAGGUUCUUCUGGCUCUCUAUAUGAGUGAUCAUUUCUGGAUACCACAGGGUGUUCUCUAAUUUCAGAGGACAAUAUUCAAAUUCUUACCAAAAUGCUUCCAUGUUUCAAAUCAGAAAACAGGUCGGCAACACUUAAAUCUUAUUUGUACUUCCUGUAAGUUAUGCAGAAUAUUUCAGAAGUGUGAAGGAUUGAUGAAAGUGUGAGAUCUCACAUGAAACCUGAUUCUUAAGCCCAUCUUCCAUCACAGCAAUAGCUAGCUAGAGGUAACACUUUGCAAGUUAAGACUUAGAGUCCAGCCUUCCCUAACCCACUUAUUUUUUUUACAAUAUCCACUUUAUUUGUUACUAUUCAGCAUCCAGUAGUCAUUUAUCCCUUUUUAAUUAUGAUCUGUUAGUUGUACGAAGUAAGGUUUCAUUUUAACAUUCUCAUACACAUAUUUCAUGAACUUGUCCAAUGUCCAGCCCUCAUUACUGUCUCUUCUGUCUCUCCUUGCUUGUUCUCUUGCUCUUCACAAGUGUUACCACUUCCAAUUCCAUGUCUUUUUUUAUCUAAUCCAGAUUCUACAUAAAGAGAAAAUGUGAUGUUUGUCUUUCUAUGCAUGUAACUUUUCCCACUCAUAUUCUAAGUGAAUCUGUAUAGGGUACAAAUACAUUAGGAAAAAUAUUUCCUGCAAUUAUUUCCAAGCAGUCUCUGCCAUUAAUUGUGUUUUCUGUAAGUUAGUUAAACUGAUGCAUUUAUAAGUAAAAAGAGUACUUUGGAUCCUAAAAACACCUAUGAACACUUGAUCUUAUCUCACCUGAAUGUUCAUUUGUACUAUUCAUUAACUAGCGACCCAUACCUGAUUUCUCCAACUGAGUUUCUGUUUGCAAAUUCUCUACAAGUCUAUGCCCACUCCUAACCCUUAGCUAGCUCAGAAAGGCAGCUUAUUUGCCUUUGCUUUGAGUAUGUUUAGUAGCACAAAAUUUUCAAUUUCUGUUGAAUCAUUAGCAUUUGUAUAUAACAAAGCCCUCUCCAGAGCCUUGCCCUUGAUACCCCUAUCUUUGAGGAUUUUUCAUUGUGUUUACUAUAAGAUUUAAAUGACAUGUUUACUUUUAUAGCAUAUUACAACUGAAAAGAACUUAAGAGUUGUAACAUUAAAUUUCAACUACUUACAAAAGGCCUAAAGAACAGAAUCACUAACUGACAAUUAAUAUGUGAUUUAAAAAAAUGAAAGCAUUUGAGGUCAACCCAACACUUUCCUGUUCCAAGCCCCAGCCAACUCAUGGGCUAUAGCCAAAGGUUCACUUGGAUAAGCUUUAAUAUUUAGAAAAUUCCAGGCUUUAAUGUUUCCAACCUGGAGUAUAUAUUGUCUAGACAUAAAAAAAUAUUUUUGUCAGUCUUUCUUAGUGCCUAUGUGGAUUUUUGUGAAAAUGUUUAAAAAAGGAUAAUUAUAUAAUAUUUCCCUUGGAAUUUUAAGCUAUAUUUUCUUUACAGGUAUUUAUAAUGUACCAAUGCUUUUAUCAAACAGAAUUUUAAAAGGCAUAAUAAAGUAUAUUAAAGAACCAAUAGUCUUCAUGAGAAUAAGAAUGUUUCAUCCAAUAAAAUAGUUUUGAUAGGUAUG